CAGGCACACACGUCAGAAUUCUCUCCCUUUCUCCCUCCCUCUCUCUCUCCUGGCACCUGGCACCCGGCACCUGCUACCUGCUGCUACUACAUGACGGGGGCAACUAAGACGCGCCAUCAGUCAUCCUCCUAUUGCACGGGGACCGACACACUUACCUCAUUUCAAAACAUUUCACUGCUCCUGUCUUUCCACACAUCGGUUCUUCUUGUGAGGGUUCCACUGCUAGAUCCGGUAGCUUCCAUUUCGCCAAUCGAUCAUAGCGUCAGCAGUUCAAGGCGUAGCGACACACCUGGCAAGGCAAACAAAAGACCUGGCAGGAGCAUCGCCGAAACAGCAAGCACCCACCUGUGCGUCAGCACCUACCAGGCCAGCUGGGCUUGUUGUUUUCCCUCAAGGGUCAAUCUUGCUGCACUCGUACAGAACGCCGACCUUUCCUCUCGCCGCCUAGUUCGACUUGACUUCAAGAUCUGCUCCGGUCUGUCACGGUCGAGGCACGAAGGGAAAAGCUACGACGAUUCCAUCGCGGCGCGCCAUUUCAGCGUACCCACUCCCACCCGUCGCACUGCUCUGUGUUUUUAUUUGGCACGCUAGAAGACGUCGCUGGUGGAUUUAGUCAGACAUUCAGCUACGCACUAUCCACGACAGACGUACCGAGGGCAACACUAUUCGCUCCUGCA